CUCUGCAGGUACAAAGUGGUGAAACAGCUGGGGGAUGGCACGUAUGGGACUGUGUGGAAGGCCAUCAACCGGCAGACUAAUGAAGUGGUCGCCAUUAAGAAGAUGAAGCGUAAGUUCUACUCGUGGGAGGAGUGCAUGAACCUCCGAGAGGUCAAGUCGCUGAGGAAGCUGAACCACCCCUGUAUUAUCAAGCUGAAGGAGGUCAUCCGUGAGAAUGACGAGCUCUUCUUCGUGUUUGAAUACCUGGAAUGUAACGUAUAUCAGCUUACGAAGGACCGCGACAAAUUUAUACCGGAGUCACGUGUGCGGAACUGGUGCUAUCAAAUCUUCCAGGGGCUGGCCUACAUCCACAAGCAUGGCUUUUUCCACCGUGACAUGAAGCCGGAGAACUUGCUGGCGAGCAAGGACAGCGUUAAGAUUGCAGACUUUGGCCUCGCGCGGGAGAUUAGAUCUCGGCCGCCAUACACGGACUAUGUGUCCACGCGAUGGUAUCGCGCGCCCGAGGUGCUAUUGCGCUCGCCCUAUUAUAGCGCGCCCAUCGACUUGUUCGCCAUGGGCGCGAUUAUGGCAGAACUUUACAUGCUGCGGCCGCUGUUCCCCGGGACCAGCGAGGCUGACGAGAUAUACAAGAUCUGCUCGAUCAUGGGCACACCCACGCAGCAGACGUGGCCAGAGGGCCUCAAGCUGGCAGCAGCUAUGAAUUUCAGGUUCCCGCAGUUCGCUCCCACGCCGUUGAACAAAAUCAUCACCAACGCCUGUCCUGAGGCCAUUGACCUGAUGACGCAGCUCUGCCAAUGGGACCCCAACAAGCGCCCCACGGCAGUGCAGGCGUUGCAACACCCUUACUUUGCUGUGAGUGAGGCUGUCCGUGGGCCAUACAGGCGGCAAGGGCUGACACUGUCGCGGAGCCAGCACCUAGUCACGGGUUCUGGGGUCUUGGGAACAUGGGCUUGCGAGCCACGUGCGUUGCGCCGCAGGGCCCUGGCAGUUGAUAGGGGGACUCGAAAGGGGGAGAGAAGGGAACAGCACAGAAGGGCAAAAGGCCCGAGAGACAGGCACGACGUAGGGUUCUUAAUGUGA